AUGAAAACAAUCGACAAUGAGUUGCAUUUACUAGUUGCCUGUAAAUCAAUUCAUAUGAUUUUGAAAUCCUUAUUAACAUCAACUGAAUGCAUUACUGCUUGUGUUGUAAUCGAAAGAGCUGUGAACAUAUUGGACGAGCCAGAUUCCAAUAAAAUGGAAAGCAAAAAAGUGGCGAAACGAAUUAUGCCGAUUAUCAUUGGUUUAGUCUUACUUUCUCAUGUAAACGAUCCGUAUUAUCGAAAAUCGAUCGAAGAUUUCAAUGGAGAUGAUCGACGAAUUUGGUGCUUAAUUAGAUAUCCAUCACUAGUUGAUACUUAUGAUUAUUUUAUUAACCUGAUGCAUCUUGUUGGGCCACUGAUUAUUACUAUCAUGUUUACACUAAUGAUUGUUAUUCUACUUAGUCGCAUUCGAUCGAGGCACUAUACGGUCGUCUGCAGAAUAGGUAGAACGUUCGUUCGUCGCCUUACGAUUCAUUGCACGUGUUCGAAUAUUCAGUUAGAUUUUUAUUUCUUCGAUGUCAUCAACAACAAAGCCCAAGCUUUCCGCCGAGAUAAAACCAUCUUGAACUCUUCAAGAAGUAUUUAA